AUGGAGUUUCCAUUCAUGCGAGCCUUCAUUGCCCUGUUUUUAUAUCGCUAUUUCCGUCUUGCUGUGAACCUUAUUUCCUUUUGGACAUUCAAACCAAUUCUUCCGCCGGAGAAUCCCAAAUUGACUGCCCAAGAUGUGACGGUAAUCUUACCAACCUUGGAGGGAUGCGGCGAUGAACUCGUCGAGACCCUAAGAACAAUUCUCGAUACUCAUCCCUACGAGCUUCUCUUGGUCACUAUUGAGGCAAAUCGGAAAAAGGCUGAGGAUAUGUUGAGCUUGAUGCCAGCUUCGAAGUCAAGGAUCCGCCUGUUCACUGUCACCCACCCAAACAAGCGCCGACAAAUGACUAGAGCGAUCCCGGAAGUCCGGACUGCUAUCACUGUAUUUGCAGAUGACGAUGUGAGUUGGCCACGUACAGUCCUUCCUUGGAUCUUAGCGCCUUUCGAGAAGGACGAGCGAUAUGGCGGCGUGGUUACUUGUCAGCGUCUGCGACGGGCUGUCUCUCCGUCAUUUUCUCAGCGUAUAUGGGGGUUCUUGGGCGCUCUUUACCUGGAGCGAAGAAACUUCGACUGCGCAGCCACAACGCAUAUUGAUGGUGGGCUUCCUUGCAUGUCGGGCCGGACAGUCGCAUACAGAACAGCUAUCCUCCAGAACGAGGGGUUUACGUACGCGUUCACCAAUGAAGAAUGGUGGUUUGGAAAGUAUCAACUGAAUGCGGAUGAUGACAAUUUUAUUACCCGUUGGAUGGUGUCUCAUGGUUGGGAGACUUUCAUGCAAUAUCAUCCUGAAGCGGAGGUUUUGACAACCUUGGAAGAUAAUCCCAAGUUUCUCAAGCAGUGUGCGCGCUGGUCUCGAAGCAACUGGAGGAGCAAUCUUACGAGCAUGUUCCACGAAAAACAUAUUUGGCACCGCCAGCCUUGGAGCGCGUAUGCUGUUCACUUGACAACGCUUUCGCCUCCAGCCUUCCUAGGCGACUUACUGCUCCUUAUACUCUGCCAUAAGGCCACAGUUUCUUGGGAUGACAGUACGCACACGCUUGCAAUGCAAGCCCUCGGGGUAUGGAUGUUUAUCAGCAAGUUCAUCAAACUUGUCGGACAUUACAUUCGUUAUCCGGUUGAUGUCAUACUUUUGCCGGUGUCUAUUCUCUUUGGUUAUUUCCACGGGGCCAUCAAAAUAUACGCCGUACUAACACUUAAUGUGACGGCAUGGGGUAGCAGAGACGGUGCCGAUGAUUAUGACGCGGAACGCAUGAAGAAGCGAACGGACUUGGACCGUAUGAAACGGCCUUAUUACCCGAGUUACAUAACUCAAUGAUGCCUGCAUGCGCGAUAGAUGGGCGUGCCGAACUAUCGCCUUUGCCUACUGCCAACCAUUUGAUAUUCAGCAACAUUUCACACUUCAGGGGUGCUUUUCCCAGCGCUGAUUGCCAAAGCCCCCGUUGAGAUCCCAGCGACGUUCUAGCAAGAUCGCAGAACCUCGAAUGGUUUAAUAAAUUCACGACGAAAUGCCUUGAUGACGCUAAACAUGGAACAUUGAGAUGGGAGGACCUUGAGGCCCCCAGAGUGGAUGUGUCAAUCUUCUUGCGCAUAUAUUCAUCUUAUUCCUAUGACCCGAUAUUUCCCCGGCAUGGUUUCGCGGACUGGAUUCAUUGAAAUCAUGCACAAAACCGCCCUAACAGCCGCUUUGUAUCAUUUCCUUGCUCGGAUUGG